UUUAAUUUUGCAGUGCCAAUGUUCACAGAGAAUUUUGAGAUUCUUGACAGAGAAAAUAGCCCGAUAGUCCUUGUGAACACAUUUCAAGCCUUGGAGCCUGGGCCUUUGAGUGUUAUAGAUAAGUACAAGUGGAUGGAUAUAGGGCCACUAAUUCCGUCCGCAUUUUUAGAUGGAAAGGACCCUUCGGAUACUGCAUUUGGAGGUGAUCUGAUUCAGAAGUCUGUGGAUUAUGUACAGUGGUUGGACUCCAAAGAGAAAUUAUCUGUAGUUUAUGUAGCUUUUGGCAGCUAUUCUGAGCUAUCUAAACCACAAACGGAAGAGAUAGCCAAAGGUCUGAUCAAAAGCGGAAGGCCAUUCCUUUGGGUGAUCAGAGGCGUAGACAAUAGUGAGAAACUAGAGGAAAUGCUGAGCUGUGGGAAGGAUUUGGAAAAGCAAGGCAAGAUUGUGCCUUGGUGUACUCAGGUGGAGGUUCUGUCGCAUCCUUCUGUGGGAUGCUUUUUCACUCACUGUGGUUGGAAUUCGUCGCUUGAGAGUCUAGCUUCAGGGGUGCCUGUGGUGGCGUUCCCGCAAUGGAUUGAUCAGACCAUAAAUGCCAAACUCAUACAAGAUUUCUGGAGGACUGGAUUGAGUGUAGGCAAACCGGAAGAUGGAGGAGUUGUAAAGGCUGAUGAGAUCGAAAGGUGCUUAGAGAUUGUUAUGGAUGGUGGAGAAAGAGGAGAGGAAAUGAGAAGGGAAGCCAGGAAAUGGAGAGACUUGGCAAAGGAAGCAGCCAAGGAAGGUGGUACCUCUUAUGUCAAUCUCAAGACUUUCGCAGAUCAAGUUCUUGCUGCGGACACAACGAGGUGUUAGAUAGUUGGAAUAAGCCGUUUAACUCUUGUACCCUUUGGGCUAUAUUUGUUCCCAUCUUCGAAUUCAGUAAAUUGCAUGUUUUAUUUCACUUUGGCUGUAUAUGUAUUUUAUUUUUUGCUUCA